AUGGCAGACUAUCUUCAAUUCGCCGACCCCUUUUGGGAAAAUCCUCCUAGCGAUACUGCUCCAAAAAAUGCCUUUCAACAUUGGGACAACAUAGCGAUGGCGCCAAUCUCUUCCAUGCCGAUGGGGACCGCAGAGCUCUCAAUCGUGGGCCAGGGAACCAUCGCAGUGAACUCGAAGACCACGGACGGCAUCGAAUUUUGCGUAUCAACAGGCACUUCUUAUCCAAAAUUGAUCUUGAAGCUUACCCAGCACAGCGCUACGUUUUACAAGAAGGAAGAUGCUGCAAAAGAAACACUGCUUGAGGGUACUGAUCUGAGGCCGGAAAGUAGUCGCUUUAUACCCAGUACCUCCCCGAAGGAUGGAACGGUCUACUGGCUUUCUAUAGAUAGAAGCAACUGGGUCUUGCGCUAUGGGAAAUACUACACCUCCAAAUGGUUGACAUUGGUAGAGGUGAAAUUGGAUGACAAAAAAGGAGAAUGGUUAGAACAACUGACUACUGUGAAGGUCGAUGACAGCAAGAAGCCGACUCGUGUCAUGGGCGUCCGAGUCGAUCCUAAUAUCAAAAUCUCUCGCCUUCCAGUCACGUUGGACCUUCCACCCAUUGUCGUUUCGAAUGAAGCCGUUACGCUCCGGAGGUUAGACUUCCUGGCUGAGACUUCUUGGGUGAAUCUCCCGAAUGCCUGUCAGAAUCUUUAUCACAAUAUUUCAGGGGAAAAGAUUUCACUUGAUGCAGAGCCCGAGUUCCAACAACUCGCCGAGGCAAUUCACAAGAGCGUUACGACGCCAGGGCUUUGGGGCCACAACAAGUUGAAAAGUAAAUGCAAAAAUCCUACAAACCCUGAUCCAAAGGAGUUCGUAUAUAAAUAUCUUCGCAUCACCAUUGGAUCCAACAAGGGCAACUCUCCUGGAAUUCCGUAUGUUAUGGAAGUUUGGCCCCCUGGUCAUAAAUCUCCCAUCCACGACCAUGGUGACGCUUGUGCAGUUAUUCGGGUUCUCUCCGGGACAAUCCAAUGUACUUGGUAUGAUACCCUCGUCGAAAACGUUGAUCCAAUCAUGCUUGGCCAGCCGGUGGCUCUGAAGAAAGAUCAGAUCACCUGGCUAGGAGAGAACCAGUAUCAGAUCCAUGCCCUCGAAAACAAGAAUGAUGAAACCUGCAUCACGUUGCAGUGUUACGAAUAUCCAAAGGAUAACGAUGUCCACGAGGAGAAAUUCCGUUUCAUCGAAACGUCUACUAAAGCAAAAGAUAGAUUCACCCCAAACAGCGAUUCUACUUUCACGGAGUUUUAUCAGCUUAUGAAAGACGAGUGGCACGCAAACAAAAGCGGCUAA